UUUCGCCUCAUCAUGUCCAAUUCUUCAUAGCUUUGUAACCUGGGCAAGGCAGGUUCAGUGAUCUGACAAAUCUAUGAGUCAAUGUUUUCAAGAUAAAGUUCAAACCUGGGGUCCAUGCAAGCAAGAUGCAAUAUUCAACGGGUAAAUAUGGAGUGCGAUGAUAAUGAAAGACAUUGCCACUCGUCGGAAUACCGUGGUCUUGUGCAUAUUUUCACGCCAAGAAAGGAGAUUACGAAUCUACACAGCUUUGCUACCAGUAAACCUAAAGUCCCCUUAACUUCUGCGAGUCGCUGACAUUGGCCGUCGUUUAGUUCUUUAUGUUUGAGUUUUGAGCAUGCGGUAUUCGGCAGUCAUCGUUUGUCCGUCGUUUCGGAGGCCCACACACACCUGCAUGCAUACGUCCAACUUUCACUGAGCUUGUGAGCCUGCGGCUAACAAAACGUCCUCUAACGUACAGUAAGCUUUUGGACCUUGUUGUUGAUUAAUAAACUCUUCUCCAACGUUCAGCAAGCUUGUGGGUCGACGAUUAAUGUCUUCAUAUCCAUACGCCCAGUAGGCUUGUGGGCCUGCGAUCAAUAUACCACAUGGGCGAUGUAACAUUCGUACGGACUUGGUACAAAAACAUAUAGUCCGUAGAAAUGCUUUAUAUAGCUUGAUAUUUCUCAGUCAGAUUGUAGCUUCACUACUCAGCCAUUGUCGCUUUAGUUUACGCUCUCGCUUUACUCACAGGAGACAUUUCAACAAUACUAUUCAUCACCUAUUCCCUCAUCAUCCUUCAAUUUCCUCUUCCUAAACAUGACGGGACUCGAAAAACCACUCAUACUGAUAUGUGCCCUCGGCGCAGCCGGGCAUAUGGGCCCGUGCAAAUUCCUAGCCAAAUCCCUCAAGAAACGCGGCUAUGACGUAACAUUUACAACCGCGUCAGAAUACGCACCCAUGGUCGCGGAAUUAGGCGUCGCAUUUGUUCCUCUGCAAGGCCUUGCAGAUUUCGUCUUUGAUCCCGAAGCAAUCGACAAGAGAUGGCCUGAGCGAAGAAAUCUUGAAGGCCCUGCAGAAAUGCUUUUCGACAUGGAUAAUAUAUUUUGUGAACCCAUCCCAUCACAAUUCGAAUCUGUCCAACGCGCUUUGAAACUCAUGACGGAGAAAGAUCCAGGAAGACCGGUUAUUGUUCUUCAAGAUCAUAGUUUCUGUGGUGUCCUGCCGCUUCUAUUGGGUGCCGAAGGCAUCAAACCAGCAGGUGUUAUCGCUAUUGGACAUACAGCUAUGAUGCUUUCAAGUCAGGACACUCCACCCAUGGGAAGUGGAAUGCUUCCAGAUAGUUCGCCGGAAGGUCGCAAACGCAAUAUAGCUCUGCAUGAAGAGUCACGAAACGGAGUAUACCGGAAAAUCAUUGAAAACUUUUACCAGAAAUUCGACAGAUUGGGUGCCCGACGCCCAGAAUACGAUACGAUUGAUUCCAUGUAUGUCAUCCCAGACAGGUUUAUCCAACUCUGUACUCCCAGUGCCGAGUUUCCUCGGAGUGACUUGCCCAAGAAUAUAGUUUUCGCGGGCAAUUUCCCGAGAAAUCCUUCGGUUGGAGUCGUUGCACGUCCUAGCUGGUGGGAAGAAGUCACUACAAAUCCAUCCAAAAAGCGCAUUAUAUUUGUGAGCCAAGGAACCAUAGCGGUAAAGUAUGAAGAAUUAAUCAUCCCAACCAUCCAAGCAUUCGCCGAACGAGAAGACGUCCUCGUUAUCGUAGCGCUCGGUAUCAAAAAUGCAUCAUUACCUCCCUCGGUAAAAACCCCCAGCAAUGCCCGCGUGGAAGAUUUCAUCCCCUUCGACGAUAUCCUUCCCUACUGUGACGUGCUAGUGACAAAUGGCGGAUAUGGAGCUUUCCGACACGGAUUAAUCAACGGGGUUCCGAUGGUAAUUGGAGGUGGUACGCAGGAGAAACCGGAAACGGCCGCGAGAUGCGAGUGGGCGGGUGCAGGGAUCAAUAUGCGCACGGGCAAACCCAGCGUGCAGCUUUUGAGGGACUCGGUUGAGAAGGUGCUGGCUGAUCAGAAGUAUAAGAAUAAGGUUUUGGAGAUUAAGGCCGAGAUGGAGGCUGUGGAUGCGAUUUCUAUUUUUGAGAAACAUAUUCUUGAGUUGGCUCAGGGGAAGACGGCAUAGGCGUUGUUGAAUGGUAAUUGAGAUCCGGGGUCGGGGGCUUUUAUGCGGGGAUGUGAUGGGCAUAGGAUAGGGAUAGGGCUAGGGCUAGGGCUAGGGCUAGGGGAGAUGAGUAUUUUGGUGAAUGGGAGGGCGUUUGGAUAGAUUUGUUUCUGAAGGGGGAAGGGAUACGGGACAAGCUACUUUUUCUCUUUUCUUUGGGUAAUCUUUUGAUUGUGGUUAGGGGCUUCGAAUAGAUGAUGGGAUUUCGAAUUAGACGGUACAUAUCGCAUCAUAUCAUAUUUAAAUAGAUAACUUUAGAUAGUCGAUUUAGCAAUUACAUCUCCAU